AUGGCCACCCCCCGCACUGUCCUUGUCACCGGCUGCUCCUCGGGCAUCGGCCUGGCCGUGGCCGUGCAGCUCGCCAGGGACCCCCAGAAGCGAUACCUGGUCGUGGCCACCAUGCGGGACCUGUCGCGCCGCGGGCCGCUGGAGGCGGCGGCCGGGGCCGCGCUCGGGGACACGCUGCGCAUCCUGCGCCUCGAUGUCACCAGCGACAGCUCCGUGGCCGAGUGCCUGCGGGAGGUGCCGGGGGGGCGCGUGGACGUCGUGGUGAACAACGCCGGGGUGGGGCUGGUGGGGCCCCUGGAGAGCGCCUCGGGGGCGCAGGUGCAGCGCGUCUUCGACACCAACGUUUUCGGGGUGCUGCGCCUGGCCCAGGCCCUGCUCCCCCAAAUGAAGCGGCGCCGCAGCGGCCACAUCGUGGUGGUCAGCAGCGUCAUGGGGCUGCAGGGGGUGAUUUUUAACGACAUCUACGCCGCCUCCAAGUUCGCGGUGGAGGGGCUGUGCGAGAGCCUGGCCGUGCAGCUGCUGCAGUUCAACGUCUUCGUGUCGCUGGUGGAGCCGGGCCCGGUGAACACGGAGUUCGAGCGGAAGCUGCUGCAGGAGGUGGAAAAAUCGGAAUUUCCCGGCGCGGACGCGGAGACGCUGCGCUACUUCCGCGAGGUUUUCCUGCCCGCCAGCCGCCAGGUGUUCCACACCUUCGGCCAGAGCCCCGAGCAGGUGGCGAAGGCCAUCGUGGCGGUGAUCGACGCCCCCCGCCCCCCGUUCCGGACCCCCACCAACGCUCUCUACUCGCCGCUGCUGGCGCUGCGCUUCGCCGACCCCCGCGGGGAUUUGGGGGUCCGCACCUUCCACCGCCUCCUCUUCGACCUGGGCCCCCUCUUCCAGCUGAGCCUGGCGCUGCUGCGCUGCCUCACCUGCCGCUGCUGCCGCCGCCGCGUCAGCCCCGUCUGA